CCGCUCAAGUUCAACCUUGCAGUGCGAUCGUUUUCAGGUUCUAGUCGAAUUGUGCGUGGGUUCAUGAAUACAUUGAUUUACAUUAUUUUCUAUCUCAGUGUAAAAUAGAGAGGUAAACACUCUUAAAUCUGGAUUUACAACUUACCAGUUUACCCACGUUCCUUUUGGAUCAGUUAUGUCCGUUUUUUCUGAGUCUGAAAAUGAGUUACCUUUCGAGGCCAAGAUCAAAGAGUUGUGAUUACAGCCUUUGCAAAAGAUUGUCAUCAAGCUGUUAUCAAUUAGAUGAUGUCAUCCAAAAGAUGAAAGAGAAUUUCUGCAUCCCAACCAGCGAGGCACUUACGGCAGUGUGUUUGGACCACAAUUACGCCUUAAAGGAUAAACGAUCAUCAUCGACCAACUCAAAGACUGAUCUGUGGUACCUCUGCCUUGUUUGCGGUGUCAUUUUCAAAAAGAGGAAUGAAAUUCGGGAACCAUCGAGAACCCUCAGGAAUACAACCAAUCAUGGGUGCAAAGUAUGUUCACGUCCCAACUGUAAAGCGAAUCAAAAUGGACACUUGCCUCUUCGUCCAAAAAUUCAUAUUUUUUCUUGCGCUUUCUGUAGUGGAUUAUUCAGACAAAAGAGGAUACUCAGUAGGCAUAUCCGAUUAAUGCACAGUGAAGAAAAGCUAUUCAUCCACGAGAAUAGCUCAGAAAAAUUUGAAAAAAAGAACUUGGGAAAAUCGUCCUCAUCUUACAUGCUUGCCUAUUCAAAUCGCCCGAAGAAGUUGACAGAGAGGAGUCCACAAGAAAAACUGUUCAUUUGCAGUUAUUGUGAGAAGAGAUUCAGGAGGAAAAAGUGUUUAGAGCACCAUAUUAAGAGGCAUGUAUGUAGACGGUGUUCUGCUUUUUUUAAGUACACUUGCUACAUGAAACAGCAUUUCGCGUUAACUCAUUCGGACCCGAAAACCAUGGAUGAACAAUGACGAUAUCGUGUAAAUUUUCUUAGGAGCCUUCUGUAGAAAUUAUUCAUUCUCAUAAUAGCGAUGACCAAAAUGCGAAACCACGUAUCUUCGUCUGCUACGUUACAGAUUUACUGACAUACUUUAUUCUCACUUUGAAAAACUAGUCACCGUAAUUUCUUGAAAAUUUCUUUGAUUUUUCUUCUCAGUUAAUAUAAUAUUGGGCAUAAAUUUGAAAAUAUAAAAUUUGCUGUGUGCUAUUUCCCUUCGAGGAAAUAAAAUAGGAGCGGGAUUUUUAAAAACAGCAAUGAAGAUACGUAUAGUUUCGCAUUUAAGUAAUCGAUAGAUAGCACAUAGAUUCUUUCUUAUAAACUACAGAUCUUUCUAUUCAAUCACGUAAUUUUGUGAAAGUGUCUAUGCUCAUCUAGUUUUUCCCCCCGAGAUAUUAAUGUCAACCUUCCUUAUCACUAAAUAUCUGUCUUUAUUCUUAGUUUUUCAACAUAAUGAUUUAAUUUAUUACA